UAUCGCCAUUCUUCUGUCAAUUUCUUCAUCAAGUAUCUAAAAAAUUGAAUUUUAUCAACAUCUAGCUAUUUGUUGUAUUAUAUUUUAAUUAAAUAUAAUGGCUGAUGCAGCAGCAGCAAGAAGAGAAGCAAGAAGACGCCGAAUAUUGGAUAAUUCUGAAUCAAGAUUACAAAAAAUAACUGGUUCAACAUCACCAAUUAUAAAUUCAAAUGAAGAAAUAAAAACAGGAUUAUCAGAACCAAUCUUGCCAAAAUCUUUAAAUGGUCUUAAUGUUAAUGAGAAUUCAAGUUCAGAUACUUUAUGGGCACCAACACCAGACAUUGAACAUCAAGAAUUUGAACGUAAAUUUCAACAAUUACAAAGCCAAUUAUGUGGAGAAAAUAAUCUAUAUGAUUUAUCAGCUCGAUUGAGACAAUUAACUGCUGAUGCUGGUCAUCAAAAUAAUUUAUCUGAUUUAUCAACUCGUUUAAGACAAUUAAAUGCUAAUUCUGAUUCUGAUGAUCAAGUUAGUAAUUUAAUAGAUCGUAUCAAUGAAGCUGGAUUAUUAUUAUCAGAAAAUAAAAAAAAUUCAACUAAAACAACAACUGAUAAUUCGAAAUUAUCUGUUUUUCUAAAAUUCAUUUCUGGAAUUUGGAUUUAUGUUGUUCUUGCUGCUAUUGUCAACAUAAUGAUGAUAUUUAAAAUGGAAAAUAUAUUUGGAACGAGUAUUUUUGUACCAUUUAUCAUUGUUUUUACAAUUCGUAUUUGGCUAUUUAUAAAAGCUGAACCAACACAAAUGGACAAUAUGAUGAUGGCUGCACUUGUUAUCUUUAGAAUUCGUCCAAAAUUAAUGACAUCAAUUAAAACGUUUAUUAAAUUAUCAACAGUUAUAUUUAAAGAACUAUUUUUUUACAUAUUUAGUUUUGUAUUUAUUUACACUUUUAUCUCACAUUAUUGGCUGAAUAUUGUUGAUUUAAAUGAACCAAAAAUUAUUGACAAUUCGAAAGAAUUGUAAACUUAAUUAUAAUUAUUACCUGAUAUCAUUCUGUGUAUAUAUAAAAAAAAUUAAUUAAUUAUUAAUAAUACUUGUAAUUAAUUUGUAAUUGAUUCAACGAAAUUAUUAGUUGGUGUGAUUUUUUUUUUAGAGCUGAAAAAUGAUUCUACAGAUAUUAAAAUAAAUGUUUUAAAAAUUAUUUCUUGUUGUUGAAUGUAAUUGGUAAUUAAUUACUAAAUUAUUGGUCGUUUAGAAAAUUUAUCAACCAAUUAGUUUGUAAAUAAAAAUGAAAAAAAGAAAUAAUUAUUAACUUGAGGUUUUAAUGUUGUUUCAAAAUAAUAAAAUGAAAAAAACAAUAAUUAAUUUUUUGUUUAA